AUGUCUCAAGGAUGGCCUGAACAUGAUGGAGACCUCUCAAUGUUGGCAGAAACCGAUCUCAAUCGCUCCGUGGACUCUGGAUUUGUCAACAUUACCAUGGGAUCUCCAGCAUCAAUCCCUACACCGAGUACCAGACGAACCUGGAUGUCUACUCACGAUCAGAUCAACAGCACACUCCAAACACUGCGGGAUGGUCGUAUAUCCAUCCUAGACUUCCUCGUCAAAAUACUGGACCCUUCCAACGCAUCUUAUAAUUCGGAUCUAGCAAGCCUUUUUGCAUUAGGCGUCGAAAAUUCAGAGGUCCUGCCACGGUCUACUCGCAACAGGAAAUCGUCAUCUUCAUCGAUUGAUGACACACUCUAUGCUCUCCGAUCUGUUCGUCGACUUUUAGACACGUCCGAGACAGUGUGUCCUGUUUCUGGCAAGACCGUUCCUUCUCAGCAUGCAGCCAACAACCCCACAGCAUCUCCAACCAAGACAUCUUCAAGGAAAUCAUCUCGCUGCGGAAACAGCCAUAUUUCAAGCAUUUCUUUUCGCAUUAUCCAAUUGCGAUUCCGACAAUCUUGGAAACCUAGAGAUGCACCCAGAAAGUAUCCCUUACCAUUGGAAAAUAUUUCCAUGAAAGUCAGCUGCGACAAGCGCCAUGCCACGACAUGGGAUGAGCCUGACCACGCGUUCCUCAUCUUCCCGGCGCAACUCCUGAUUGCAUGUACUUCCACGCACGAUUUUGACCCACUACUUGUUCCGGCCGUCACUCUCGUUCAUCUCAACUGCAGUACAGUGGCGAAGAAUGGUGCCUACAAGUCCCAUAGCCAAAUCUCGUUGAAGACAUUUUAUGAUGGCGCUACGAUACACUACGUAAAUGAUAAGCCCACACCCGAUUUGUCUUGA